AUGAGUACCGAAGAAUUAGAAUCAUAUCGUUUCCAAUUAGAACAAGUUGAACUUGCAUUACAAUCUGACUCAACUAAUGAGGAAUUACAAAAGUUACAAGCAGAUCUAAAAGAAUUAAUUGCCAUGUUUGAACAAGUACAGUCAUCACCUGUUAAAAAGUCAAAUAAUGCGGAUGCCUCACCGACUACAACGACCAUGGCUUUAAAAAACAAUACAUUUUCGGUCAAUCAAGAAGUAAUGGCACGUUGGUCAGGUGAUGGCCAAUUUUACAAGGCCGUCAUUACAGCUAUCGGUGGCGCCGAUCAAGUCUUUUCAGUAAAAUUUAAAGGGUAUAAUGAUUCAGAAUUUGUUAAAGCAGAAGAUAUUAAACCUAUUAUUGAAAAGAAGAGGACAGGUGUAUUUGAAGAUGUAAAGGCAAGUAAUAAAAAAGUUAAAAAAGAAGCUGCAUCAUCAUCAUCACCAUCGACAACAUCUGCUAGUAGUAAUAGUAGCAAAAUGAAGAAAAAGACAGUAGAAUUUGAAAAUAAAAAGAAUGCAUGGUUGAGCUUUGCAACAGGAGAUAAAAAGAAGCAUAAAAAAGCGGUGCCUGUAAUUAAUAAGAAGAGUAUUUUUAAGACGCCUGAUAAUCCAGAAGGCAAAGUUGGUGUUGUUGGUAGUGGUAAAGGUAUGACAUCAUUUCAACAAAGAGGAAAACAUAUAUAUACACCUUCUUCAAAUACAGAUGAUUAA